CAUUUUCCAGAUGUCAGUGUCAGUUGCCAAUGGCUGUUUCCUGUUUGCUAGUCAUCUAUUUGUCAAGUUAAUUCGGCGUAAACAUCUUACCAAUAAAAAAACCUCUACAUCUUUUGAUUAAAGCACUUAAAAUAUAGAAAUAUGAGUACUACAGAAUUCGUUCAAAUAAAAGAUUUAAAACCUGGCAUGAAGAAUAUAAACGCUGUAUUUAUAGUGUUAGAAGUGGGUCCUCCUACUUUAACAAAGGAGGCUCGUGAAGUGCGCACCUUGCGAGUUGCGGAUGCUUCUGCUAUGGUCAACUUUUCAGUAUGGGACGAACCCGGGGCACUGUUACAACCGGGAGAUAUUGUUCGACUCACGCGGGGCUAUGCUUCGCUGUGGAGGUCAGCUCUUACGCUCUAUUCGGGAAAAUCUGGCGACAUACAAAAAGUAGGUGAAUUCUGUAUGAUUUUCAACGAACAAUUGAACAUGAGCGAGCCCCAGCCGUCCGUUCCAGCGGCCGCCUCCUCCGCACAGGCCGUAAACGAGCGCAACGGCAAUGGCAAUGGGUCUCACUCGGGGCCUCGCUCACUUAUGCCAAACGCAGCGGCAAGUGGUCAGGGCGCUCAGCACAGCAGUCAGAAGCAAGAAAGAUAUUCAGGGUCUCAACAAGAACAUUCUGGUAAACAUACACACAAGACCUAUGUGAGGGGCAGAGGGCAUCAGCGGGGCAACAAUCGGAGAUAGCAACCAUAUUAAUGAGCUGUGAUAUACAUAUCUCAAUAUCACUUAAGUUACAACUGGAAAAGACAAUUGUAAACAAAAAAUAUUGCUAAGUGUGUGUGGGCAAUGUAACUUUAUAUGAUAUCACUGUUAUACAUAAAAUGAAAAAGAGACAAUGUUCUCAUGCAUGUGUACUGUGAACAUACUUUAGUUCAGGGAUGUUGAUGGUUUUCACUAAUUAGUUUUUCAGUCAUUUGUUACUGUAAUUAAUUCAAACAUAUACCUACUAAAUUAUUGUAGCUUUAUGGUAACUGUUGUAGAACUUGAUUUAUUUAUUACAAGUCAAAUGUAAUUCUUUAUUGUACAUAUUAAGUUAUUAUUAUGUUAUAGUCUAGUUGAGAACAUGAUGUAUUUGGUCAAAUUUUGA